UCUGAAUGUCUUAUCAUGAUGUGCCUAACCUAGCAGGUCACACCCAAGACCUGUAUCAGUAGGUAAGGGAUCUGAAUGAAGUAUGUUAAGGGUUACCAGUAGAAAUAUGUAUACCUACCAAGCCACAUUCCAACCUUGAAGUUUUUCAGAUUUACUCAUGUUCACCUGCAAUUAAAAUAUUAAAGAUGCUUUAUAGAACUUGUCUAUCUAAUAGUAUUAGGUACUGUAGGUACUGCUAGUAGUAGACAUAUUUAUGCACCUAGUUAGUGCAUAGAUCUACAUGUGCAUUCACGAACAGAUCUCCCCGCAUCACAAACCCGCUUAUAUCCAUCCGGCUUGAAAUUGCUGCGAAUGGCAUUACUCCGUUCAUCCCUUAACUUACCCGCAGUCUUUCGGCAAUUGGCGGGGUUUUGGCCCGACACUCGUGUCAAAACUUCCAUCAUCUAUCUUCUCGCGGGGUUCGCAAUGUCAAAUAAAAUCGUAAAGGCAUUACCCACGGCGAAGCAAGCGACGCCGGACUACAGCACAUCGGAGGCAGGGAACCCUUUCGUGGAUGGCUGGUACGCCGACCCGGACACGGAAAUAUACGAUGGUCUGUAUUGGGUGUACCCAACCGCCUCGUACGCCUACGAGGAGCAGACAUAUCUCGAUGCAUUCUCAAGCCCGGAUUUAAUCAACUGGACCAAGCACCCCAACAUUCUGACCAUAGCCAACGUGACCUGGGCCACCAAGGCCGUGUGGGCUCCAGCGCCAAUAUCUCGCAACGGCAAGUACUACAUAUAUUUUGGCGCCAACGACAUCCAAGAAGACGAAGCCGCGGAGGGGAAAGUGGGCGGCAUUGGAGUGGGAAUUGCAGAUAAGCCGGAGGGUCCAUACGUCGACGCGAUCGGCAAGCCACUGAUCGGGGACUACCACAAUGGUGCACAGCCAAUCGACCAAGACGUCUUUAUCGACGAUGUUGAUGGGCAGGCCUACAUCUACUACGGGGGGCAUUCGCACGCCAAUGUGGCAAAGCUAAACGAAGACAUGAUCUCCAUUGGCACCUUUGACGACGGCACGCAGUUCAAAGAAAUCACUCCCGAGAACUACGUCGAAGGGUCGCAGAUGAUGAAGCGCAACGGCAUCUACUACUUUAUGUGGUCGGAAGGAGGCUGGACGGGUCCGGAUUACUCAGUCUCAUAUGCGAUGUCCGACUCGCCGCUAGGCCCGUUCAACCGGCUCGCCAAGAUCCUGCAGCAGGAUAGCGAGGUGGCCAGGAGCAGUGGCCAUAACGGUGUGAUUCACGUUCCGGACACUGAUAUAUACUACAUCGUAUACCACCGACGACCGCUCAGCGAAACAGAUGGUAACCAUCGCGUUCUAGCGUACGACCGCAUGUACUUUAACGAAGAUGGGACCAUCGAGCCCAUUAAAAUGCUCGUCAAGGACAAUUUCGCCGAUGGCCAGAUGUUCAAUUGGAAGACGUACGGUGGGAAUUGGUCGGUGGUAGAUCAACGACUUACAGUCGCGAACACGGCCGAGGGUAGAGCUUUGCUCGAUAACAAUUUCACCGAUCUUGUCUUCGAUGCCACAGUCGCUGUUACAGAUGGCAGCGGCGAUGCCGGACUCUUGUUCCGCGCUACGAAUUUGAGUAUUGAUGGAUUCAAUGGGUACUACGCGGGCAUCUCGUCAACCGGUACCAUUUCUCUUAUUAAAGCUAACGCGGGUACUUUGACCUCAUUAAGUGAAGUCGGCACAUCUGGAUAUGCCACCACUGCGACAGAGUAUUCUGUCAGAAUAACGGCCAUUGGCACCGAAAUUAAUGUUUUUGUGAACGAUUUGACGAGCUCCAAGAUCGUUUAUACGGACGACUCGUUUGCUGGAGGCGCAACAGGUGUGAUAGCCCGCGAUGCCGGUGCCAAGUUUGGUAGUGUUUCCGUAGCGAAGCCUUCCUAAGGAGGAAUGACUACCUAACUACCCCUACUUCCUUAAAGAGAACUUUCAGGCAGGCAGAGAGAGAGACAAGCAGAUACCAAGAAUCCCGGUAUAGGACAGACAAAUAGGAAGUAAUGGGAAUUUUGCCUUCCCACCAUUACCCAUCUACACCUGCGCAACCAAGAAAAGAAAAGCAAGCCAUUGUAAGACGAGAAGUUGCCUAUUUAGUCUGGCGUCGUCGCAAUCGAUGCAACUUCUCCUCACUGCUGAGGGCGCGGCACUCCCACACGUUCGGUAUCAG